CCAUCAUAAAGGCGUGAUUGGGUCUCGGUUUUUACAGUUUUACUCCGAUUCCCUCCAAACAUUCCCGCCGUCCAUGGAACGAUCGUUUUGCGUCCUAAAACCCUAGGACUUGCAGAACCCUUUUUCCUGUUGGCUUUUCAAAACUUCACACACACACACACACAUAGAAGGAAUCCAUUUGUGUAAUGGAAAACGGAAAGGGAUUCGAGAGCUAUGUGUUGAUACACAACAUAGCGAAGAGGCACAACGUCGGGACUUUGGCCAGAAGCUGCACGGCGUUCGGCGUUUCUGAGCUGAUUCUAGUUGGCCGCCGUGAUUUCAACGCUUUUGGAAGCCACGGUUCCACUUCCCACCUCAAGUUCCGUCACUUCCAUUCACUCCCCGAGGCCCGAUCCUUCCUCAAGGAGAGGGACUGUGAUAUAUGUGGGGUGGAGAUCACUGAUAAUGCCUUGGCUGUAAAUGAGCAUCCUUUUAAGAGAAGCACCGCAUUUCUCCUCGGCAAUGAGGGAACAGGGCUCUCCGCAAAAGAAUGUGAGAUAUGCGACUUUUUUGUUUACAUUCCACAAUAUGGAUGUGGAACUGCAUCUUUAAACGUUACAGUUGCUGCAUCUAUUGUUCUACAUCACUUUGGAGUUUGGGCAGGAUUUUCUGAGAGAAGCCGUGAAGGCAGUAAGUUUAUUGUGGCAGAAAGACCAAUGAAGCAGGGGAGGAGCUACUGUGCAGAAACAUCGGAAUCUAUUAGUGAGGAGAGAAGACUUAAAAGAGAAAGUGCUAGUAAUGGAUUCUUUGACCAAAACAGCAAAGAGGAAUCGUCAUCUAAUCUGUUGGAUGGACUGUUUAGUUCUUAGUGUGUAGAACAAGAAUUAAUCUCCUUCAUGAAACAAAUUGUGGCAUCAAAGACUCCACCAGGCUGUAUUAAUUGAGAGUCAACUGGUGCUCCAUGAGUUCCAAGCAAAAGUAAGAAAUGCAUUUUUUCUAAAGCAUUUGGCUAGCUCAGUUAAUGAAGGAAGAAAACCAUGCUUCUGCGGACAUUUUUCCAGUCCAAAUUUAGAUCGACUGCCUGGAUAACAUCAUAUGUACCUUUAGAGCAUGCGGUAGAAAGUACCAUAGAAUUAUGUACCAGAGUAGCAUUAAUCUUCCUCAUUUGUUAAGUUCCAACUGUUCAUAAUGUUUUUAACUUGUGGAGAUUCUCACAUGUUUCUUUAUUCAGUUCUUGUGUUCAGGGAUCAAUUAGAUCCUUCCCCGUGGGUUUUAUAUUUUCUUAUUCUUUUUGCAGGAAAUAUAUGCGUGAAUGCACUUUAUGUGCCUGUUCAAACUUCAUUUUCCCAUGGAUCAUGGAACAUAUGUAGUAUUGUUCAUAUGCAUAUGCCUGUUGAAACUUCAUUUUCCCGUUCGCAAUGGUGUGUUGAAGAAGAAUAAUAUCUUUUUAGGUAGCUGUUCAUACUCAAACUAAUAUAAAAUGUAUAAUGCAGUUAGUUCCUAGAUUCCCUCAGCACUAAGAUGUUGAAUUCUAUCUCUCAAAAGCUUAUGAAAAC